AUGGGUUUCGGUCCGGAUGAUUCAGGUAUUCUUGAAUUUAAAACCGAAAAGGAAGCCGAGGAGUAUCUCAAUGAAUUAGGUCCCAAAUUCAAAUAUGGCUGCUAUCGACAAGGCGAUCCAGCUUACUGCCAUUCUCUGGCGCGUUGGCUUGCUAGCCACAAGCGUGACUAUAGACAGUCUGAAGAAGUCUUUCAUCAAAAUUGCUUCCAGCGUCAAUUUUCGGAAAGUUGCACUGUGUAUGCGUUCUACAAACUCUUUGGUGCCUCGGGAAUUAAACGGAAUGCUAAACAGGCAUUUGAGGCUUUAAAAUUUGGUUGUGAUACCGGUGAAAAUGCCAAAUGUUGCCAGGGCGCUGGAGAACUAAUACUCGAAGGAGUGGAUGAAAAUAAAAAUCAGAAAGAAAGGGUUGCGGAUGCGAUGAAUUAUUUUACUCGUGGAUGUGACUUGGGUCUUCCUAUCAGCUGUUUCUUUCUCGGUGGCCUAUCUCAUCGGCAAUUGAAGGCAACAGGUUUGACUGAUCCCUCCGAACGCUCUCAGCUUCAACAUUCAGCGGUUAUCGCUUGGGUUAAAGCCUGCCACAUGGCUGGACAUGAACUCGCAUGUCGCAAUGCAGCACUAGCCUAUCGUCUUGGAUAUGGGGUGGAACGGAAUGAAUCUAAAGCUAUUGAGCUCGAGAAGCUCAUUGAAAAACGUUCUUCUUAA